AUGUCGUCAAAUUUAUUAGCGUUUCGAGCUAUUUUCCCUAUUUUCGUGGUCUUGCUUUGCGAAGAUGUAAAAGGAUACACUGACGAAUAUCUUAAGCUUGAAAACUGCUCCAAAUCUGGGAUAAAAGGCUGUUACAAAAGAAACGAUAGUUUGGCUUUGUGCUUUGAGAUAAGACCAGGAUUUCUACAACUGACAGACAAGAAAAAUAAUAUACUGGUAGCAUAUAGAAAAUUGCCAACCCAAGGAUUUCAUGCUCAAGUUCUCGACGACCAUUUAUUGUGGUAAGCAAUGUCAUACUUUUUACCUACAAACCCCAUUUUCGUUUUCCAGUGGAUAAAGUAUUUUAAAAUUAGUUUUCUUUGAAACGAGAUAGGACCUGUUAUUUUUCACAGCUUUAUUUCUAAUUACAGAACAGGUAUAACAUUAACGUUCAACCGUUAUUCUGAAACUAUUUAUAAUAAGCGCCAGUCUUUGGAGAUUAAUCCUGAUACUGCGGUGAAUUCUUUUGAAACUUCACGGAAACAUUUGUCUUGUUGAAAAGUCUAGCUUCUCUUGAGAACGAUAAUCAUAUCUAUGUCAUUUUGUGAUAUUGAAAACAGUUUGAAUCAGUGCAAACCUCUCGGGUUUGUUGAAAAUCAACAUUUCGAAACAUUGAGAUUCUUUUGAGAGAUGAGGGGCUUAAAUGAACAUCAACAACAGUUUUGUUUCUUUUUCCAAUAUACAGGCAUCAUUCAGCAGCAGAGCCCUUGUUCAUAAGACCAGGCAAGACGACAAAGACCACAACAGACGGAAAAAAUCACGUUCUCCGUGAUUUGACACCCGAUGCCGAGGAAAUAUCCCCCGCUCUGUAUCAGAAAGUAAUGGGAAAACUUCUUGGAAAAAAAGAAAUGGAACUCCUAGAGCGCGCUUCACACGCUUUGCACGACACUGCAAAGAACUAUAACAUAACCAAACUUUUCCACGUGUUUUCCAUGAGCUUUCUGGCAGAUCAAGAUCGGAAUACACUUGCGCGUGAUCUAAUAACCGCUGACUCGAAUCGCCACAGGUGCAAGAAACAUGAUGACAACGAAAAACGAGGUUCCUGCAAAGACAUGCGGAGGGAUCCCUAUAAUGACGACUGUCUGGGGAUGUGUGGUCCUAAAUGUCGUUGUUGGUCAAUAAUUUGUGAUAACUGCUGCUUUCAUAAAGGCUGCUAUGAACAUGACCGGUGCUGCCGUCAUAGGCAUUUGUCUGGGUAUUGCUUGCUUCCAUUUUUUCAUAGCUUCAGUUGCAAACGUUUUGGAGGGUACCCUGCUUGCCUUAAGGCUCAUUAA